UGUCAAGGUCAGUGGUCAAUAAAAACCUUUGAGAAUUACGUUCAAAAUCAACACCUGCACGAUGCGUCUGGUACUCUCCUUCCUCAUCCUCUUCAUCAGCCUCCCAGCACUGCUGGGUUACCGAGCUCUGUGGCAGUUCAGGUCCAUGAUCCUCUGCACUGUACCCGACAGCUGGCCCAUUCUGAACUAUGCUGACUAUGGAUGCUACUGUGGGCUGGGCGGCUCAGGCACACCUGUAGAUGAACUUGACAGAUGCUGUUAUAUCCAUGACAAGUGUUUCAGUGAGGCCAUGCAGCAUGAUGACUGCUGGCCCAUCUUAGACAACCCGUACAUUGAAUCAUACAGCUACAGGUGUGACGAGGAGAGCAAGACCGUCUCCUGUCUAAAUGACAACAGUCCCUGUGAGCGCUUCAUCUGUGAGUGCGACAGACAUGCAGCCAUGUGCUUCGCCAAGGCAGGUUAUAAUGAAGACAACACCAAUCUGCCCAGUAACCGCUGCAAAUAAACCGAGGGGAGCAUGAAGA